AUGGCGCAUCCAGAAAUAGCCUUCCCGGAGAUCCGUGCCUGCAUCUUUGACAUGGACGGACUCCUCAUCAACUCCGAAGACAUAAUUACUCUAUCCACGAACCAACUUCUCGAACACUACGGCAGACCCACUUUCAUCCCGUCAAUAAGAGCCCAGCUCAUGGGCGUCCCAGACUCUACCAACAGCGACGUAUUCCACAACUGGGCCAAGCUGCCCAUCCCCCGGGACCAAUGCGCCAGAGAACUAAAAGAACGAAUGCGAAGCAAUUUCCCAAAAUGCACACCAUUGCCCGGUGCGGCGAAUCUUUUAUUAAACCUCAGCCGCGCACGUAAUGCUUCGGGCGCCAAUAUUGAGCUGGCAUUGGCAUCCAGCACCAAAAGCCAAAGCUACGAAUUGAAAAUCUCGAGGCCGGAAACAAAACAGCUGUUAGAUUUCUUUCGACCCGAUAAAAAGAUACUCGGUGAUGAUCCGCGGGUACCGCAGGGUCGAGGGAAGCCGGCACCGGACAUUUAUUUAGUCGCAUUGCAGGCGCUGAAUUCUGGCUCAAAUGAAAGUCCCAUCCUGCCAGGCGAGUGUCUAGUGUUUGAGGAUAGCGUGGCUGGGGUAGAGGCUGGAAGACGGGCUGGGAUGAGGGUUGUUUGGGUACCGCAUUCAGAUGUGGCGAGCGAGUAUGAGACGAGCUAUAAGGAUAUCUUGGCGGGGAGGACGGGGAUGUUUGAUAUAGGAGACAAUUGGCAAAGAGGAGAGCUUGAUGAUGGUUGGGCCGAAAGUAUAACAAGUCUGGGGGAUUUUGACUAUGAGAAGUACGGUAUCAUCUUGGAAUCUUGA